AUUCGUGGACUGACAGUGCGCGAGGCGACUCUUACGGCACCGACAAGGAUUCACAACAGCUCCGGGCUUGUUCAGGCUGUUUUAGGACGACGAUUUUUACAACACAAAAAAAACCCUGCUGUAAUUAUAUUUAACGUGGGUCGUGACAACUACUUUUAAAUCACAGGCGUCGUCGGUUUACUCUGUUACUUAAUUACACGCGAAACGAGGUUACGGCGCCUCCCUCGUCGAACCGGGUCCUAAAGCCCACCGGGUUGCCCGUCACACUUUCGGAGAAAGAGAGAGCCGUCUCGUGCCCAAAUGGUUCAGCGGCCAACGGUUUUUAAAUUCUUCGACACAAUGGAAAAGCUUCUGUUGGAGCAAGGUUGAUCGCAAACGCAGGAGCGUGCACGUCGACGUAACAGUCACGCGCUUUUUUCUUCCGAAAUUACACCUUUUAUUUUUUUUAUUGGAAUACAUCUUUUUUUUAAUUAGCGAGUCUAAAUAAAAAAUACACACACACACACACAAAAAAAAAAAAAAAAGCACUCGUCCAGUUGAGUAAUGGUCAUUAAUACGAUCCACUGGUUCAGGAAGGGCUUGCGUCUCCAUGACAACCCGUCGCUCAAGGACUCUCUGCUGGGAGCGGAUUCUGCCCGCUGCGUCUACAUCCUCGACCCCUGGUUCGCAGGCUCCUCCAACGUCGGGAUCAACAGGUGGAGGUUCUUGCUGCAGAGUCUCGAGGACUUGGACUCCAGCCUCCGGAAGCUCAACUCUCGACUGUUUGUGAUCCGGGGACAACCCACCGACGUCUUUCCCCGACUUUUCAAGGAGUGGAAUAUUUCUCGUCUGUCUUACGAGUACGACUCGGAGCCGUUUGGGAAAGAACGAGACGCGGCUAUCAAGAAGCUGGCCUGUGAGGCCGGAGUGGAGGUGACGGUUCGCAUCUCCCACACGCUCUACGACCUGGACAGGAUCAUAGAGCUCAACGGGGGUCAGUCCCCUCUCACCUACAAGCGCUUCCAGACGCUCAUCAGUCGCAUGGAUUCAGUGGAGACGCCCGCGGACUCCAUCACGGCCGACGUCAUGGGAAAAUGCAGGACGCCGCUGUCCGAGGACCACGACGACAAGUUUGGCGUCCCCUCCUUGGAGGAGCUGGGUUUUGACACCGAAGGUCUGUCCUCCGCCGUGUGGCCGGGGGGGGAAACCGAAGCCCUCACGCGGCUCGAGAGGCAUUUGGAGAGGAAGGCGUGGGUCGCCAACUUUGAGCGUCCCAGAAUGAACGCCAACUCGCUGCUCGCCAGCCCGACGGGCCUCAGCCCGUACCUGCGCUUCGGCUGCCUGUCCUGUCGCCUCUUCUACUUCAAACUCACCGACCUCUACAGGAAGGUGAAGAAGAACAGCUCGCCUCCCCUCUCGCUCUACGGUCAGCUGCUGUGGCGCGAGUUCUUCUACACGGCGGCCACCAACAACCCGUGCUUCGACAAGAUGGAGAGCAACCCCAUCUGUGUUCAGAUCCCGUGGGACCGCAACCCCGAGGCGCUGGCCAAGUGGGCGGAGGGCCGGACGGGCUUCCCGUGGAUCGACGCCAUCAUGACGCAGCUGAGGCAGGAGGGCUGGAUCCACCACCUGGCGAGACACGCCGUGGCCUGUUUCCUGACCAGAGGAGACCUGUGGAUCGGCUGGGAGGAGGGCAUGAAGGUGUUUGAGGAGCUGCUGCUGGACGCCGACUGGAGUGUGAAUGCGGGCAGCUGGAUGUGGCUCUCCUGCAGCUCUUUCUUCCAGCAGUUCUUCCACUGCUACUGCCCCGUGGGCUUCGGCCGACGCACGGACCCCAACGGAGAUUACAUCCGGCGCUACCUGCCCAUCCUGAGAGGCUUUCCGGCCAAGUACAUCUACGAGCCCUGGAACGCUCCGGAGAGUGUGCAGAAGGCGGCCGAAUGUUUCAUCGGAGUGCAUUACCCCAAGCCCAUGGUGCACCACGCGGAGGCCAGUCGCCUCAACAUCGAGCGGAUGAAGCAGAUCUACCAGCAGCUCUCCUGCUACAGAGGACUCGGCCUUUUGGCUUCAGUUCCGUCCACCUCCAACGGCAACGGGGAGGCGUCUCCAGACGGGAUGGGGUUCCCCGGCGAGGCCGCGGCUCCGUCCGGCCACCAGAUGCCGGUUCUCUCCCAGGCCGACAGGAUGUACCAGCAGGCUGAUGCGCAGACCAGCACCAGUUUGAUGUGUUACGGACAGAUUCCUGCGACUCAGAGAGGACCUGAACACCACGGCGUCAGCAAGCGGCACAGCGAGGACUCGGCCACCGGCAAAGGCUCCAAACUCCAGAGACAGAGCGCCCACUAGGAGACGGACCGAGUGCACAGCCGACGACACACACACACACACACACGCAUGCGCGCCAUGACUGCACGUGGACUACCCGGACCGGCGUCACCGUGCUCAUCUCCGGGGUUAAUAUUCAUGGGACAAAAGAAGGAUGAAUUUGCUCAAUUUCACAUAUGACUUGUAAAUAUUUAAAUAUUGUGCGUUUUAUCCUUUUAUCUUCGUGUAGACCCAUUGAUAUAUAUUUUUGAUAUGAUAAAUUAUUGUGGAUAUUUUUUUGUUUUGUUAAAGUUUCAAUCAAAUUAAACCAUUUGUACACUGUCCAUUAAAAAAAAAGAUAAAUAUGGCAUCUAUUCUAAUACAGCUGCCUCGUUUCUACUUUCAUCUAUCGAGUGUUGUUUAUAUAUAAACAAAAUGGA